AUGAGGAAACUUGGCAGAGUGAGAGCUCUCUACUUCUUCACCUAUCCCAGUUAAUACCUAUGGAGGAUGAUGACAGAGAGGAUGGAGGAUGGAGAGACGAGCUGCUGCACAACACAACACAACACACAGACAAGAAGUGACGAGAAGAAGAAGGAGAAGUGAAUGAGUGUUGGUAAAUAAAACGCUUUGUAGUCCUAGCCAGCUGUUAGACCCGUUUAAACAGCACGUCAACGGUGCAUGAGGCCUUCAGGUCCUGCUAGGAGAACCCAUGGAGCCCGACAUCAUGCCCUUUCACUCCUCCUCCCCCCCUCCGCUGGAUGAUGACGACGAUGGGAAGACGGGAUCAGAGGAGGACGAGUUUGGGGACUUUGGGGGAUUCUCCGUCGAGGUGUCCUGCUUGCCCUCUGGGUCUACCGAUUCACUAUCCAGCCUCAGGCAGUCUUGUCCCACCACAAAGCCAGCCGCACAUCAACCCAACUGUAGCUUUAAUCACCCAGUUGAACAAUCACAGCCCACAUCCACCGUAGACUCGGGGUCCGGCAGGAGCCAGAUAUAUGUGGAAGGGCAGGAGUGUAACGCCGAAUCAUGUGUGCACCUCACAAAUGGGUACUCUGUCGCUGUGGGUGAAUGCUCUCCCAGGGAAGAAACGGGGUUUGCUGAUUUCACUGUGUUUACAGAGCAGGCAGCGCAUCCCUGGUGCUGUGGUUUCUCUCCCAUGGACAGCAAAGAGCAAUGGGACGGCAGAGGGGAAGGGACAAACAGCUUGCGUGAACAAAUCUGUGAUCCGGGACGGGAUGUUGUUACGCACUCUGAGCCCAGAUCUCAUUGUGCAUGUGAGGCAAAAGGAAAUGUUUGCACCAAGGUCAAGCACUGUGAGAAAAGAGAUGCAGCACCACCUCAGGACCACCAUCAACCUCAGGAAGCUGCAGCAGCUUUGGAUUCUCCACCCGAAGAGCCUCGUUCUGGGGAGGAUGAGCCUGGGGACAGUCGGAGAGAGACGAGGCAUAGUUUUAAUUCUUUACAAACCACAGAGGUGCUGGAGGAUGGCGAGUCAGACGAAGACAGAGAGAAGAGCAUUUCUGUUGUCCCUCAAACAUUCAGUGUGUACGAGUCUGCUUCAGAGGACCUGGCGUCCUUCUGUGACGAUUUUUCAUUUGAGGGUCCUUCUGCGGACUCUGAACCAAAUGUUUCAUCUCUCGUUUCACAAGACGGUCAGACGGACUGGGACCAGACUGAUGAUGACGAGGAAGAAGAACUGGGAAACUACAACAUGGCAAAUCUCACACAGUCCAACGCAGAGAUUCAUUAUUGUGACCAAUCUGCGACUCAGGAAACUUCUGCUACCUCCAACCAGUCACAACCUGGAACACAUACAGAAGAUGCAGGCUUCAAAGGCUGUAGAUUUGAGCAUCACAGGGACCGAGGGUGUGCCCAAACAGCUGAUGCAGCGGUGCCGAGUCUAGGAAACCUCCCACCGAGUGACAGCUUUGCUGACUUCUGCUCGGCGCCCACGCAGGAGGAUGGAGAGGGGUCGUGGGCGGAGUUCAAGGAGGGAAAAACUUGGACGCAGUUCAGAGAGUCAGUCAGCAGCCUGCAGACUGAUGGGGACAUUGAGGAGGAGCAGGACUGUGCAGGGAAAUACGGGGUUUCCAGGAGGAACAGCUGUAAGGCGUCACUGUCCUGCCGUGUCCAGCAGCUUCUCCUGGCCAGUUUUCCGGAGGUAGAGGUCCCAGCAGUGGAAGAUGAAGAGGAGGAGGUGCUCAGCCUCGGUGCUCUGCUUCACGCCCGACACCUCCCUGAGAGCGAGGAGGAAGAGGAGGAGGAGGAGGAGGAGGAGAUACCUGAACUCAGAUCUCAGUGGAUUCGGCGGGGGGUGUGGCGGCCACAUCAGGACCUCCACGAUGCAGUCGGCCUCCAGUUUCAGUGGGGAGGUUCCCACACAAACAGGACUCUGCUCAGGUGCCUCGGUGUGGAGACGAGGAAUAUUGUGUUCAUUGGCAUGAAGAAGCAGCCAGUGACUGUGCCUGCUUUCGCAUCCAGCCUGGGAAUGCUAGAGCCCACCAAAGAUGCUGCACUAGCUGUCUGUUCUCCAGGACACACAGCGGUCACAGCACAAGCACCUCGGGGACCUCGGGACACACCGGACCCCUCAACAGAUUCAAUGCAGGAGGCGCUCUCUUCCAGCCAGCUGGACUGGAGCAGCCGUGGCCUUAGCAGCUCUCAGGACGACCGCUCUGCUCUCAACCUGGAUUAUUUUGGUCCUGAUGAGGAGAGCAGAUCUUGCAGCAGCAGCAGCCAUAGCAACAGUCCUCCUCCAGGAGUUGACCGUGAGCUGUAUGAGUUGACCAUCAGUAAACUGGAAACCUGCACUAACAGCAGUCACAUGGAGGACACUUUAAAUCGCCUGAUGUCCGCUGCAGAGAAAACCAGCACUUCAGUCAGGAAACCUCAGCAGGAUGAGGAGCUGAGUGAGGAGGCUGGCGAGCUGAUCUCUGGACUGCCUAACCUGUCUUUCAUGCAGUCCAAGGUCCUCAUGUUCCCAAGCAUCCUCCUACCCGAAGAAACCCCCAAAUUACAGUGAUGUGUGAUGUCCUCACACUAUUACAGUUAAUGCAGGAUUCAAGUAUUCUAAACGAGGCCUUGUGGACUCUAAAACAGAGAGUUGCUCCGGUCAAAAUACUCCACCUGCCUCCGAUCUUCAGUCUUUAUCUUAAGAAAAUUGUCAGCGGAUGGGCAGAAUACCCUGUCAUGUAUCAGCUCAUGCAUUCAUUUCACUGUACAAUAAUCUGCAAAGUGCAAAGAAAGAGGUCUGAAAGAGGUCUGCUCUUGUUUGUUUAAGUAUUACUCUUCUUAAAGUCGUUUGUUGUGGUUUAUUUUGUUAACUUACACAUAUACAUAUUUAUUUGCUCUAGAGAAUGUUACAGCAAACAUACCAACUUAAAUUUUGUUUGAUUGUGUAUUUAUUUUUAUUAUAAAACAUUUUUUAUGUUAAAUUAUUUUAGACAAAUAGUGAUAUGGGAGACGGAAAAAAUGUACUUUCUGAAUGUUUGAUAAAGUGGCCUUCAUGAAAAUGCAAUAUGAGUUUAUACUUCUUCUCUUUUUAUCUUGUGGUUGUGGACCGUCAGCUAGUAAAGCUGGUUAUUUGGGUUUUGACAGUUUUAACCUGUUUUUUUCCCCACAACAAUCAAUGUUGUUCCUGAGCAAAUGACAGAGGAAAAUAAAACAUCUGAAACAGCGUCAGGAUGCCUCUUACUGAACAUUCACUGUAUUUAUGUGAGUCACGAGCUUUCAUCCCAACUCAAUAAUUCCAGCAACGUCUACAGUUUACACACUUUCAUACAUUUACUGAUCAAUUACAAUCAUGAGGGUGUCGCAUUUUCAUUUUUAACCACCUGCAAAAAUCUAACUUUUUAAAACCUGCACUGUUUAAAAUCUGUGAAGGAAGGAAAGGUUAUUAUUUUUUUAUUGUAUAUAUGUUUUUGUUUUUAUUUUGUUCUUUUUUAAAUUUUUAUUUAUUAUUGAAUU